ACGCACCGCUUUUCCUUUUGUUACCUUCGCCUUCCUUACAAACUCCACCGCUUCUGCUACUGAAAGUACGAAACGUUUUCCGACCUCGUUUCGAUCACCAUUGCCGCAAAACCCUAGCUCUCCGUGGACAACCAUGAGAGAAAUUGUAACUAUCCAAGUCGGAAGUUUCGCUAACUUCAUAGGCUCUCACUUCUGGAACUUCCAGGAUGAAAUGCUUGGCUUAGCCGCCGAUCCUUAUGGCGACCCACUGUUCAAAACUGACGGUCUAAACAUGGACGUUCUCUACCGUACAGGUGAAACGCAACAGGGGACUCUUACUUAUACUCCUCGUCUUCUCUCGAUUGACUUUCAAGGAUCCCUUGGACCAAUGAGUUCACGGGGUACAUUGUAUAACGAGGGUUCUAAUGCACCAUCUGAAGUUGUUACAUGGGAAGGAAAUGUUUCCACUCAUGCAUCUGAACCUCAGAAGAAGAAUUUGUUCUUGCAAAGUUUGUAUCAGGAAGAGCAGAAUGUUCCUUUGGUGAAUGGUAUCAAUGGUGGGAAAAAGGAUCUUCAAAAUGAAAUUCAGGAUACAGAUAUAGUCAAAUGUUUAGAUAGGGGAGUCCAAUUUUGGACAGACUUCUCAAAAGUCCAUUAUCAUCCUCAGAGUUUGUAUGAGGUAAAUGGAUUGUGGAUGGAUGCUCAAGAAUUUGACAAUUAUGGAAUUGGGAGGGAUGUCUUCACUGAGAAUUUACGAGGUGAAGAAGUAUGUGAGAGGCUUCGUUUCUUGGUGGAAGAGUGUGAUCAUAUCCAGGGUUUUAAAUUCAUUGCUGACGACUCAGGAGGUUUCUCCCCUAUAGCUGCUGAUUUUCUAGAAAAUAUCGCUGAUGAAUACUCAAACACUCCAGUGUUGCUAUAUGCUGUUAGGGGUCCUGGUUCUCAUAUGAACCUAAGAAGCAGGAAGCAGACAGUCGUCAGAGAUCUUCAUGAUGCAGUAUCAUUCUCAAGAUUAUCAUCUUUUUGUAAAAUGAUUGUGCCGGUUGGUUUACCAUUCUUGAGUAUGAGUAAAGCUUCAAUGUACCUGAACAUUGAAGAUGAGAACCCUUACCACUGCAGUGCUGUGUAUGCUGCGGCCCUACACUCUGCAAGUCUCCCAUUCCGGAUGGAGGCACCUGGUCCCUCAGCAGAUUCAUCUGAUACUGUUGGUGCUUUGGAUGUUAAUGGCAUUGUACAAAUGCUAGCAGGGCAAUCUAGGCAAAAUAUGGUGGCCAUUCUGGAUAUUGCAAUGCCGGCCCCUGGUAUGACAGGGAGACAGGAUGCGAAAUCCUUGCUUGGGAAUUUGCAUCCAUUGACUCCAGAGGUUGCAGAGGAUAUGGAUGAUUUGCAGGCUGUGGAAUCAAUGACUGUGCAUGGAGCAAUUGGAUCAGAAGAUCAUCGUGCUUCAGUUUCUGAAGUUAAGAAUGCGAUCAAUGCUGAAUAUGAACAUGCAAUCCUAAGGCCAAUGUUCUGCCACCUAUCUGUGGCUCGUUGUCCUCUCCCAAUUCCCUUGCCAUUCCCUUCAAUCUUUGGUAAUCUUGUUGGCCAGCACGGUGAGCUGCUGGGAAGUCCAAUCUUAGGUUCUUCAUCUAGGGGAUCACUUGAUGUUCACUCUAUCCCCAUGGCAGCUAGACUGCGUUCUAGCUGUGCUAUCUUGCCCUUUUUGGAGAAUAGAUUGGCGAAUCUUCGUAAAUUUGGUAUUGAGCGAGGAUCUCUUGGGACAGAGUUACUUAGAAGUUGGGGAUUCGGCAGGGAUGAAGUGGAAGAUAUUGGUGAGACAUUGUCUAAAAUGGUCAAGGCAGUCAACCCUCAUUCUGAAAUAUCAUCUGAUUCAGAUUAAGUUCCAAGCGGAUGAGAAGUCAGGUUCAUUCUCUGUUCUAUUUUUGUCUUUCUCUGGGAUCUCUUUACAUUUCGAGCAGGAAUCCCCCACUCACAAUUACCUCCAAAGUGAGAAAUUUUGCUUGCGGUCGGUAUGUGAUGGGAAAAAUACUUACACAGGUGCAAUGGAGGAUGGAGAUGGUAGUGUUGCUUGUCGGACUAAUUAGAGGUGAAAUCAUCGUUUUGGUUCAAAGCUGUUCGCCAGUUCCCGAUUGCGAGCAGACAAGCAUACGUUAGCAAUUGAAAUUUUGUAUUCUGGAUAUCCACAAUGCUAGGAUUAAUGGUAUAUGGGCUGAAUGCCUAAUUGGCACUUUGCUAUAUAUUACUCUACUAAACUUUACUAAGAUAUAGUCAUGUGAUACGAAUUUACGUCGAA